CGGAAGGAGCCAAGCAUUUUCUUCCCAGACUGAGCGUUAGAUAAAACAAGCUAAGCUCGCAUUAUCUUGUUUUUGUGGUCACUUCAGCUCCAAAACGAUACCACGUUCUGGACUCAGCAUUGUGGAAAAAAACAGGGGAGAUUGUGAAGUCUAUUUUUAUUCUAGUGGUCUUUUUCUACGUACAUAGAGCCCUCUCAAUUCAAGGCACCUGCUGCGAAAGUGGAUUGGACAACUGCCUAAUAGUGGUUGGCAGUGUUGGAACGGGAGAAGCACAAAACAUGGACCAAAACAACAGCAUCCAAGCCUUUCAAGGCCUGGCUUCACCUCCGGGUGUGAUGACCCCAACCAUGCCAGUGUUCAGUCCCAUGAUGCCGUACGGCUCGGGCCUCACGCCCCAGCCAGUACAAAACACAAACAGUUUGUCCAUACUGGAGGAGCAGCAGAGGCAACAGCAACAACAACAGCAGCAGCAACAAACACAGCAGUUGAACACAGGUCUUCCAGGAGCAUCAGGACAGACUCCACAGCUCUUUCAUUCUCAGCCAGUACCAGGUUCAACUACCACUGCGCUACCGGGGAACACCCCGCUCUACAGCGCUCCGGUGACGCCUAUGACCCCCAUCGCUCCAGCAACACCUGCCUCAGAGAGCUCUGGCAUCGUACCACAGCUACAAAACAUAGUUUCUACUGUAAAUCUGGGUUGUAAAUUGGACCUGAAGACUAUUGCCUUAAGAGCCAGGAAUGCUGAAUACAACCCAAAGCGUUUUGCUGCAGUCAUUAUGAGAAUACGAGAACCAAGAACUACAGCUCUCAUCUUCAGCUCUGGGAAGAUGGUCUGCACUGGAGCCAAAAGUGAGGAACAGUCCAGGUUAGCAGCUAGAAAAUAUGCCCGUGUGGUGCAAAAGCUCGGUUUUCCUGCAAAGUUUUUGGACUUCAAGAUUCAAAACAUGGUGGGCAGUUGUGAUGUCAAGUUUCCCAUUCGUCUGGAAGGACUGGUCCUCACACAUCAGCAGUUCAGCAGCUAUGAGCCGGAGCUUUUUCCAGGCCUGAUUUACAGAAUGAUCAAACCUAGAAUUGUGCUGCUUAUCUUUGUUUCUGGGAAGGUGGUACUCACAGGUGCCAAGGUGAGAGCAGAAAUCUAUGAAGCUUUUGAAAACAUUUAUCCCAUCCUGAAAGGAUUCCGCAAGACUACGUAGAACUUAUAAUUCCCUGUUUUCUAUCCAAACGCUAUAACUUUUUACAUUUCUGUCUAUUUUUUCUUUAAUAUUCACUGAGAUGUUAACAUUUUAAUAUUGACCUCUUCAAGUUGACAGUAAAGACUUGAAUGUGAAAGACUAUUUGUCUUUCCCUUAAUUUUUUUUUUAACCAAAAAGACAUUUUAAAGGUCCUCUGCUCGUUUCCUCAUCACAAUUGAUCUUCACCCGGAACUUUACCUGCUUUUAGCUUUUACAUUUUCUUCUCUUCCUCGCUGGCAAGUUUUCUUACAUCGAAUUGUACGAAAAUGUAAAAAGUAUUGAAGAAAAAGGCAGGUAGACCGGGACUUUUCCUGGUUUUAUUUCAGUGUUUCAGGUUUUGUAUAUAUUGCAAACUGAUUUUUUUCUAUCUUUACUCGAUUUAUGAAUGAUUUCUCCUUAUUUUUUGGGUCAACCCCUUGUAAACAAUCUUGCCACAAAAUCGAUUAACUUUUCAAAUUUCAAAUUAAACUGAAGCCAUACUUGUCCCCAGGUUACAGUGAAAGCCCUCAUUUUAUAACGAAUAGAAACCAUUUCAAUAAUUGAGUUAUCCGAUCCAGACUGUAGUUUGUUCUGCAAUAAUUUGCCUUUACCAGUCAAAGUCACCCCAUGUUUCCAUCAUUGCUUGAAGCUUUUUAUUUUUUAUGAAGAAACUGAGCAUAAUUGUGAUAUCAGAUGUGCUUUAUUGUAAAACUUGUACAAAUGUAUAUAACUUAUUUUCAAUUAUUAGUCAUUCAAAGUUGAUAGGAUGUUCCAAAAAGCUUAAAGCAAACAGGAAACUUGGAAAAAUGAUGUUAACAGGCAUUCAAAACAAUAAUGUUCAUUAGUCUGUCUUCAAUUUAAAUGCACCAAGACAAAGGAGUUUGUUUUUUUCUAUAAAUCUCUGCAGAGAGUGAGUUAACAGUGUAAAUGCUCCUGCUUGUCCUGGUUUUUUUUCUUUCUUUCUUUUUGCAAAACUUUGUUUAGAAAAGUACUUAUCACUUUUUGAUUUGAGUUUCUGGCACUUGUUGAUUUCAUUUUCUCGUUAACCAACCUAAGGAUUACCUUUCAGAAGCCAAACUUUUAAAAUAAGUUUCAACUUAACGUCUGUUCCACUUAUUAUGGAUGUUGUCACCAGAAAUCCAUUUUCCAUUUGGAUACCUGUUCCUCCACAACUGUUAGAGCUGUACUGUGCGUUAAUAAACGUGUUCAUACAUCCUGUUCAUAAA